AUGGAUCUCGACUCGCCGCGCUCUUCAGCUGCAGCGCCAUCUGCAUCCUUCACCCCCGCGAGUCGCAUCGCUGAACUGAAUCAGAUUGACCAGUCCAUUUCCACACUCCUCUCCGCGGCGUCUGAUGCGGUUUCCAUCCUGUCCAACACACCAGCUUCAGAAACAUUGCGACAGGAUCUCAGGACCGCCGAAUCCGCCCGCAGUGCCUUUACGGCCGCAGCAGAAGCAUACUUCUCAAAUUUGUCAUCGAUCGAAGUUCGACUACGGCGCCAAGUCUAUGCAUUAGAAGAGGCGGAACUCAUCAGACCAGGAAAUGAGAGAGAUACAAGAAGAGGCCGGACAUUAGGCGGUGAUUCAGAGUUGCCAAGAGUCGGAGGCGGGCCUCUUGACCCGAGCUGGUUGAAUGCAAGGGCAACGGACAAAGUCGGGGCUAGCAUGAGACAAGAACUUCUGGCUCAAGCGCGAGACUUUGUCGAACGAGCAGCACAGUCAUCACAGAACGGUCAGACAAAGACAGGAGAUUCAGAAUCUGAAGGACACAAGGAUAGCGAAGAUCAUGAACUGGGUUGA